AUGCUAUCUAACAAGAGGAAAUUAGAAGAGAAUACUACAGUUGCUUUGAAUGCAGAGUGCAGUGCUAUUUUGCAGAACACUCUCCCUAAGAAAUUAGGAGAUCCAGGUAGCUAUUCAAUUCCAGUGAAGCUUGGAGAUAUUGAGAUCAACAGGGCACUAUGUGAUCUAGGUGCAAGUGUGAGCCUCAUGCCACUGUAUAUAUGCAAGAAGCUGCAGAUGGGUGAACUCAAACCCACACGCAUAUCUCUACAACUUGCAGACAGGUCAGUGAAGUUUCCUUUGGGUGUACUUGAGGAUGUACCCCUCUGA